AUGGCCUUGCCUCCCAGGAUUAGCGUCCGCUCUCUUUACAGUUAUAACCAGGGUCCCGCAAAGCGCGCUAAAAGCGUUACCACAGCAAAAUCGGUUAGUUACGAGGACGAGUCGUGCAUUGGGUGCUCCUAUAUUCUUCUGAAAGUCCAAAAACUUGAAAAAGAGCUGGCUGCUUUAAAGGAACUCGUGCAAGCGAACGAUGGUAGGCAAAACGCGGUUACCAGCGCUAGAGUCAGCAAGACAAAGGGGAAGAACAAAACUCCAAAAAAGCCAAAGAACAAGGUUUGUGGAAAAUCUCAGUGCAAGGACGCCGAUACUAAUGUCGAUGGGCAAAUAGCAACCGAGUCUGCUGUUUCUACGGAAGACAACCGAAGCGAACCGUCAAGUUCUGUCACCCAUUCCGCGUGUUCAGUAGUACCCUCGGUUGGAAGUGAGGAAACAAGCUCGUGGCAAGAUGGGAUGGGUAGGCACCACAACAGGAGUAUAAAACCCCAGAAGGCUCCGGUGGAUCUCCUGAGACCUUCAGCUGACAAGGCCGUCGCAAACAGAACAAAUGAACCCCUGGAUCGUCAGCUCUGCGUAGUCGUUCAGGGCCUAUCGGAGUCGAAUGCUCCUACCCCGAAGGAGAGGAUUUCCGCUGACCUCAAUAUGCUUCAACACCUUCUGAACAAAAUGCUUAAUUCGAAUGAAAGGGUAACUAUUCACGCAGCCUUCAGGAUCGGAAAGAAGGUGAGCGAACAAUCGGAAACUGUGCGGCCACGACCUCUGAAAAUCGUUUUGGGCAGUAAAGAGGAGGCUAGCUUACUUCUGUCCAGGAAAAGCUGCCUCCGAAACACUCACAUAGGAGUUUUUUUCAACCGAACUAUUCUCCAGCGGAACGUCUGAAACGCCGCGAAUUAGUGACGGAGCUGAAGAGGAGACUUGCAGCAGGAGAGAGCAACUUUGCUAUUUUCAGGGGACGAGUGAUACAGAGGAAUGCGAUGUUGCUUUGGAACCAGCCAGUCAUCAUGAUGGCGGCAGCAACAUAAUAUUGUCAAGUCCGAGACGGAUCGAACAAAGCACUGUCGAAUGUUGCGAACUUAAGUUCUUUUACACCAAUGCUCAGAGUCUGUUUUCCAAGCUUGAUGAACUGAGAAUACAGGUAGCCGAUACUCCUCCAGAUGUUAUAGCACUAACAGAAACGUGGCUGUCAGAGAACGUGGGUGAUUGCGAGGUAGCACUAACAGGAUACCAAUUGUUUAGGAGAGAUAGGAGGGGCCGCCGGGGUGGAGGAGUUGCCAUGUAUGUAAAGUGUAACUUAACAGUGUGUGAGAGGACGGACAAAACUGCUAACGAUACAGAGGCAAUUUGGCUAACUAUAAAGGCACGGCGGUCUCAGUCCCUCGAAGUCGUAACUAUCUACCGGCCCCUCAGGCGGAUCCCGACUCAGACACUUGUCUACUGGAAAGCAUAAAGGAGAUCGCCAGUCGACCAGACGUUGUUCUCAUGGGGGAUUUUAAUGCACCCUGCAUUCAAUGCAGCGAUAUGCAUGCGAAGUGCUCGAAGAAUGCCUUCGAUUACCAUCUACUAAAGAUAACCCUAGAGGCUCUUCUCACGCAACGUGUCCUAUCUCCAACUAGAGCACGUGGAGGGCAACAGGCUAGUUGUCUGGACCUCGUCUUCACCAAAGAUCCUGACAGUAUAGACGAGGUGUACUACCUACCCCCGCUCGGUCGAAGUGAUCAUGCAGUACUUUUAUGGGAGUACGAGCUGUAUUCUGAACCGUAUAAAAAAGAGGAUACGAGGCCGAAUAUAUGGAAAGGGGACUUUUGCCAAAUGAGAGCUGAGGCAUCACAAAUAGACUGGGAUGUUCUCUUCUCCGGAAACGUUAACAAGGACUGGAAAUUAUUUAAGGGUUGGUUACUGCAUCUAAUGAAGAGCCACUGUCCCGUAUCAAAGCCUAGGACAUCCAACCGCCCUCAGUGGUUAACACGAGAACUAAAAAAGGAUAUCAAUAUGAAAGGAAGAUUGUGGAUGAAAUUUCGGGAAAACAACAACAUUGCAGCGUUUGCGGAAUAUAAAGUUCAAAGAAAUAAGGUGAAAUGCCUGAUUUUCAAGAGGCCGCGGGAUUUUGGGAGUAAUUUGCUUCAUCGAGCCGUUAAAAAUCCGAAAUUGCUCUAAAGCUAUUUGCGGAAGAGCACACGUAACAGGCAUCCCAUUCCUGUCAUGAGGAAUGAUGACGGUUUUGAGAUAUCGGACAGUAAAAAUAAAGCUGAGCAUUUUUCUCAAUAUUUCCAAUCCGUUUUCACAGGAGAAGCAGACUUUAUUCCAACUAGUUCCGCGAACAUGGGAGAUCCCACUAUCGAAGAUAUGGUGUUUCGAGAAUCAACGAUUUUGGAAGAACUAACAAGCUUGAAGGAAUGUAAAUCUCCCGGGCCGGACGAGAUCCCAGCAAAGCUGCUUCUCGAGCUUGCCCGAGAGCUGGCCAAACCACUAUCCUUUCUGUGCCAGGAAUCGUUCGAUGCUGGAAUCCUUCCCACAGACUGGAAGACGGCCCACAUUACACCCCUUUACAAAAGCGGUAGUCGUGCUCUUGCAACGAACUACAGACCCGUCAGUCUGACGUCAAUCUGCUGCAAAGUGAUGGAGAAAACCAUCAAAAAGGAGUUGAUGGCUUAUCUGGAAAGUCACAAUCUCUUGUCCAAUGCACAAUAUGGUUUCCGUGGGGGAAGAUCAUGUGUAACGAACUUGCUAUAUACAAUGCAAAUUUGGACAAGAGCACUGGACGCAAAACACACUGUGCACGUGGCCUAUAUUGAUUUCCGGAAGGCGUUCGACAGUGUCCCGCACCAACGUCUCCUGCACAAGUUGAGAAUAAUGGGCAUUGGUGGCAAACUUCUCAAGUGGAUCGAGAACUUCCUCGUCGGCCGUUCUUAAACUGUCUGCGUAGAAAGACAGCAAUCAAGGCGCACAGUCAUAGAGAGUGUAGUCCCACAAGGCUCGGUGCUCGGACCAACCCUCUUUCUCUUGUUCAUCAAUGAUUGUGUAGAUGGGUUGGACUGUGAUAAUGCCAUGUUUGCGGAUGACAUAAAAAUCUGGAAAGUCAUCCAGAAUGCUGCCGAUGAGACCAACUUCCAAGAAAAUCUUUGUCGAUUGGACGAGUGGUCCCGUAGAUGGCUCUUGUCCUUCAAUUUGACCAAAUGUACCAUACUGCGCCUCGGAAAUCAGACCCCUAGUAGGCGGCAAUACCAUCUGAACGGAAUACCACUUCGAGAAGCAGAAAUGCAGAAAGAUCUCGGAGUCUGUGUUGCAGACAGCCUUAAGCCUUCUACGCAAUGUUGUAAGGCGGCCAAGGCCGCAACUUCAAUGUUAUAUGCCAUCAAGCGUGCAUUUGCAGUUUUCGAUGAAGACUGCUUCUCCAAAGUCUUCGGCUCGUUUGUAAGGCCGCACCUUGAAUAUGCAAUUCAGGCCUGGAGACCGUGGACGCAUCAGGAUUACAAUCUGCUCGAAAGGGUGCAGAGGCGAGCCACAAAAUUAGUAAGAGGUCAAAGUGCACUUCCAUACGAGAUCCGCUAACUAACCUUAAUCUCUAUCCUCUGAGUUAUAGGCAGUUGCGCGGAGACUUGAUACAAACUUUCCGUAUCGUGCGCGGCUUGGAUUGUGCCCUUCGGCGCGAUGACUUUUUCCAACUCGCCACAACAACUAACCUCCGGGGACAUCCGUUCAAGUUACGUGUGCCCCAGGGUAGAUUGAAUGUGAGAAAAUAUUUCUUCUCCAACCGUGUCGUGCAACCGUGGAAUAAUAUGCCCGAGACGGUUGUCAUGUCUCAAUCUGUGGCGACAUUUAAAUGUAGGCUUGACAGACAUAUGCUACAGCACCAAGCGGACUAUGUGACUUUAUAGCCAUGAGACCAGUGUCAUAUGUGAAUCAAUGCCUGCAUACCCUUACUGCUGUACUUUCUUCACAUUCUGCUAAUUUAUCGAAUUUUUAUGUACAAAUAGGGAGUUCGAAGGCGUAAGCCUAUUUCCCUCAAAUACACUGACUGACUGACUGACGGUUCUGUAAAACAGUUUCGGUAUGAAUACAGAAUUUGGUCCGAAAGGUCUCUGGUGAUGCCAGUCACUUGAAUACUACCGGAACAUAGCAUUAAAAACAAUCACAUUUAUGAAGAACAGCAUCAUUGAUAAGCAUAGUACGGAUAGUGAUAUUCUUUCUUUCCUCCCUUUAUCGCUUCUAUCAGCUAGGUCACCUGACAUUAAGUAUCCCUUAAGGAGCUAAUAAUAACAUCCCUUUCGAUCAAACCCUGCAUAUUAGUUGUACGUAAGUCUCUAUUAAGGCGAGUUUAGCCUAGAAGAGAGAGUUUGGAUUCAGAGACGAAGCUGAUGCCCAUGUUUCAGUCACUAAAACAAUGUCUGGACAAUGGACGAACAGUGGACAAUGUGACGAGAGCUACGUCGCCCUCUAUUCUUAAAACCCUCGUUGUGAGUUAUAGGUAUCCAACAUAGCGUGUUUGCACUUAAUCGUUUAGCUCGUUUUUGUCCCAUUUUGAUAGCAAACAGCAUUCUUCGGGAUGGAAUGUUGAUAGUUCAUCGUCCCCAAUCAACAACGAAUUAAGACUUGCUGGCACGCUUUUUUACAGGAAGGAGAGAACGGCGUUCGUCAGAAUAUUAGAUCAUUGUUUUUGAAUAGAUACUACUCGUUUAUGCCCGGCUGUGCAGGCCCGGCCCAGAGUUCCGGAGCUCUGACCAUGGGUCGAGAAGAAUUGAAUUGAGCUCCACCGAGGGGGUCCAAGCUUCAUCGUGGCAGUAAGAUUACGAACGCUUGCAUUUCGUAUACCAUAAAGGGUUCUCUGGGAUUGCAUUAAUUUAUCAAAAUGCAGCUUAAACUUACAGGUAGCGGAAUUCAUCAAUGGGAGGUAAAGUCCUUUUCCAGAGGGAGAUCAGUACAAAAUCUCCCCCGAAGCAGUGAGUGACUUAGCUUUCAGAGAUCCCUUACGAGCAUAUUUCUGUUUUCGACUAAUUUCCCACCUCCUUUCAGGCGAAAGGAUGAUUAUGGGGACAUCGCCGAAAUAGGUUUUAAUAUGAAUCCGAUAUAAACAGACUCAGCCUUCGAUGACGUCUUCCCCCAGCCGCAAUGAAAGACGGAGCUAUGGUUUAUAUCGUGAUCCACGAAAACGAACGGUAGCUUACUCGCACAGUCCCCAAUAGGAGCGCACGCGAUUUCCCUUACCAUUUUGGAGGGUAACAAUCUGCAAGACCAUGACUCAUAGCAAGAAUAAAAAAUCGUGACAAAGCGAGUUUUUGAGGAUCUUGUUCGCUUUAAAUUUAUUCCCUUAUGAAAACACUAAAUAUGACGAAAUUUAAGCACAAAUGAAAGGGAAGAUAGACGACUCGAUUUUAAUCGCUGUCGCCGGAUUAAAAUCUGUCGACUUAUGCGACUAGCGGCGCUCCAUAAAUACAGCUAAGAAUUAGAUGUAGAAAAACCCGGACGCACAAGCUUCGGCUUUCCGAUUUUUGCCGUUCGCUUUUUCAAUCAGAACUCCCAUGGCCCUAGCAUGACCUGCUCAGUGUAAUGUAAGAAAAUUAGUAGAGGUUAUAUGUCGGUUACCUCUAGUAAACUCUUACCAAACUAACAAGUGGCCACCUUGCUUUUUUAAGUCAGCCCUCGAUCUAGCCAGGAACAUCGUAUAGGUUAUGCCCUAACAAAUGAACAGUUAACCAGACAUACCUCAUAAAUACCAGUAUGCCCUUCACUGAUUAACUUGCACAGGCGUCACUGAGAAGUGCGGAGCAUUUCCAAAUUAAAAACUACUUAGCUCAAAGCAUAAUUUCUAACAUUCUAUUGCCUUGUUUGUCUUAAUUUUUCGUUAAGAAGACUGACAGUGCCCAAGAGGUGCCAUAAUAAUAAUCAUAUUCUAAUAUUAUGCAUUUGAACACGGCGUUCCCUUAAAACAAAUUCCUUAUUCAAGCAAUCCUGACUAAUGUAAAACCUCGAGAUAAUAAAGCGAAGACGUGAUCGAAAUUAUGGUAUUUAUUCUAAGCGGAAUAACAGAACUCAAUUAAUGAUGAAGCAAAGCAUCCUAUUAUGUUAUGGCACGUAGCAUGUAUUGCUCAUAAGCAGUCCGCCUUUUAAGGAUACAACCUCUUUUGAGGAAAACAGCUCAUUUCAGUACGCAAUGCACAAAUGUCUAUCUAAAAAUGGCAAGAAAAUCGGCGAGCUAUGACAUUACAACAGUUACAACUUCCGCCAGCAUUCUUCUACCAAACGGUCCAUCGAGAACUUUCACGUAUUUUGAAAAAAAAUGCAGCCUAUUUCUGGCUGUUUUCCUAUAGGUCUUGCUCAUUUUCAAAAUUCACUGACUGCAAAAUACAGUAAUGGACUACCUAAUUUAUCCAAAUCAAUAAGAACAAGGUCGGUGUAUUGCGGUCUUUUGAAUUCCGCACUCGCAUCAAUAUUUCGCGGGGCAAGUUAUAAAUCUUUUCUGUUAGAGAAGUUUCUGUCGUCUCCCUUUGCCCGAAGACAGUGAAAAUCCAAGUAAGUAAUUCACCUGUCCACAAGCUUCUGCUCUUUAACCACAUUUUGCGUACACAUUUAUGGAUUCCCUGCCAACCUCUUUCACAUUCCAAUGAAUGAGCACUCUAAGACACCGGUAGAUUUAUUACGAAUGCCAAACUAUGUCUUUAGAAUUUGCACUCAUAUACGGUUCAUUGUCUUCAGGCGUACUGACUUUUAAUAAGAGUUUUUAAAAUGUUCCUUCUCCCGCCGUUAGGUCUCUAUGCAACGAUCUGUGUUUUACUAUCAGAGUAUUAAAACGACUUAUUAGGCCUAAUGGAGGCCGUUUUCUGGACGCAUGGGCCUAAUGAUCAAUUGACUCGUAUGGUGAACGCAGAUGAAUUUCUUUUGUGAGCUCUCUAACCUGCGCUGUCAAAUGAUGAUAAAAGUGCUCGAUGGAUUAGAUGCUUAUUCACGUCACUGACGAGGGCUUGGCAAAACAGACCGCUAAGAUUUUUACAGGGCCGGCUGACCCCUGUUACUUUUCCUAAUCGAUGGCUGUCACGUCCCUACUUUCUGACAAGCGAACCUUCUAUUAAUUGCUAAAAUUACUGGGUCAACAGUUCGUCCAUCGAGUCUGAAGUGGAUCACUACUAACUGGAGGUAGCUAGAGUUCGCCUGUAGAUUUGUCUAACGUUAAGAAAACUCGAACUUCAUCGCACAUGUCCGUUUUGCCAUGGGUCAGCAGGGCUGUGGAUGAGAUUGGACAGGAGGCUGAACAGACUGUUUGUCCUCCUUUACGUGUGUCACACGCGCACUAGUUGUUUACAUACUCGUAUCUAGGCAUUGUUGUAGAAUACAUACAGCAAGAUGAAACUUUGUCGCCUGAAUGUCGAUCUGAGAUCAAUUGCCAACUUUAGAAGCCGCGUAUUUUGUAUUACCGUGGUGUCUUUCAUGACGUCAGAGGUAAACGCUAUGCAGUGUCGGUUCACAAUGCCAUAUGAACAGAAAUAUAACAAGUAUACUGUCAAAGAGACUUCGCGCCCUUUAUUUAGGUUUGACAGGAGUCGGCGUUCGUUUCACUCUAUGAACUAGCGGGACUUUUCCCGGACAGUCGACCCCUCGCCUAACGCAAGCACAGUUACAUAUCGGGUGGUCUGAUGAUAUUCACUGUCGGACCAUGUAAACAAACUUAAGGUUUGCUAUUGAUUCUAACUCCUCUUCCUUUUUACUACGUGGUCAGCAAUUCAGUUAAGCAUUAAGGGGUCUUUCUGAGAAAAUAUCGAGAGAUGUUUUUGUUCAGGCACUCUAAUCAAAACAAAGUCUUUUUGUUGUCGCGUUUGCAAUUUUGCUCAGAUAGUCCGCAAGAAGCGUUUUUCUCCGGGGAGAAACCAGUUCCUUCAUACGAGUUGGCAGUUUCCGGGGUCUGCGAAUCUCCCCAGAUGCAUUGGUUGACCUGUUUUGAACUCGAAAAGAAAGUCAAAGAUAAUUAUCUUCUUCUCUCUGGCAAAAACAGGAGACGCUCGCAGUUGUGGGACAGAUAGUUUUCACUUUGCUGUAUCUUGAAAUAUGAAUGAAAGAGCGGGCCAACGAAACAGGUGGAGCUCUGAUUUACGGUGCUCACUGGUGACCAGAAAACCAGAUGGUCGAGUCGGUUCAUUCAUUCGGUCCGGUAGAAGUUGAACUAUUCGUAUAGAUAUCAGAAGAACGUUUUUCUAAACGGUGUGUAGUCUGCCAUACUGAAAUCUUAAACGCCGCUCACGAAUACCCACUUCUAUCCUGGAGGGAAAAGGCCUCGACCACCAGAAAAAGAGCUGCAUUCUAUCAGCUGACAACAAUUGCUACUUAUCACAUUCUUAUUUCUUAUACCUACGUACAUUCACAAUAGUUAAUCAGAAAUGCUGCAUCCAAUAGCAACUAGCCUAAACAAUAGGUAAAGUGUGAACAGAAAAAUAUGAAGUAUUUGCAAGGCAAAACGUCACAGUGGAGGGUUCCGCCUCGUUGAUUGCCUAUCUGACACACUUUUUUGCAAUUUCAGCAUCAUUUAGGGAAGCGAUCAUGUGAAAAACUACUUUCAUAAAUGGUCUUCUAUCCAAUAUCAAUGAACAGUAGUUAAAUUGAAGAGACGGCACUUUUAUAUUUUUUAUGGCAGAUGGAAGGCUCAGGAUGGAAUCGUCCCGACCGCCCCAGCAGAUGCACAUUCAAUCCGAGUGA